UGACGCGACGCGCGAAGCGUGGUUGGCAACCCUGUCCGCAGCUGCUGGCGUGUUUCGUUUUCAGCAGGUUUUUCAUUGAAUGCAGGGAACGGAGCGUAGGCAGCAGGAGUCCAGGCGCUUGAAUCGAGGAAGACGAUGAAAAAUGGGGACGGCGCGCGGGUUCCAGCUGUCAUGAAUGAACAUCAACAUCGAUGAGACUGUGGUGCGCGCAACGGCACUCACUUUGAAUAGUUUGCUAGGCGGCUACGCUAGCAGCCGCUCCAUGGCUCCUGCGACGGUGAUUUCCGCGACCGAGAGCGGCGACGACAGUUUCUUGGCGGAGGACAACAACUGGCUACUUCGACUGUUGGUGAACUUGCUCGGCUACGCCACCAUCAUCGGCCCGGGCGCCCUGAUCAUAUGCUAUGUGCGCAGGACCAAGUUCUUGGAAAACCAGGGAGGUCCCCUUGCACGCGUACUGCGCUUGUUUGUGCUGGGACAUGAGCCGGACGUCAAGCCAAGCCUUGAACUGGGAGGGGGCACCGAACCGCCCCGACCGCCGAGUCGUUCCUUUCUGUCUGAGGCAUUUGUGCUGGCCUACUGUUUCCUGGGUCUGCAGAUCUCUUACUUGACCUGGGGCGUGCUACAAGAGAAGAUCAUGACACAGAAGUAUUACGAGGAAGUGCUGCCAUCGGAUGGACAGCGGUUUGGCGACUCCCAGUUCCUGGUGUUUGUCAACCGCGUGCUGGCGUUCACACUGAGCGGACUGUACCUGCUGUUCACUCAGCAACCGCGGCACCUGGCGCCCGUGUACAAGUACUCCUACUGCUCUUUCUCAAACAUCAUGAGCAGCUGGUGCCAGUACGAGGCACUCAAGUUCGUCGCCUUCCCCACCCAGGUGCUGGCCAAGGCGUCCAAAGUGAUACCUGUCAUGCUUAUGGGACGCUUGGUGUCUCGCAAGAGCUACGACUGGCAUGAGUACCUGCUUGCUCUUGGCAUUUCGGUUGGCAUGGGCCUGUUCCUUCUCUCCCGAUCUUCUGGAGGUUCCUCCUCAUCUCCGACGAGCAGUAGCCUGUCCGGACUGAUCAUCCUCGCCAGUUAUCUCGUGCUUGACAGCUUCACGUCCAACUGGCAGUCCGAGCUAUUCCGCACAUACCGGAUGAGCUCGGCCCAGAUGAUGUGUGGCGUCAACUUCUUCUCGUGCCUGCUGACGUUCGUGUCGCUGCUCCAGCAGGGGGCACUUGCGGCCUCGUUGCGUUUCAUGUUCCGCUUCCACGCCUUCUUCUACGACUGCCUUCUGCUCUCCAUCUGCUCCGCCACAGGCCAGCUUUUUGUCUUCCACACCAUUGCGCAGUUCGGACCCGUCGUCUUUGUGGUGGCCAUGACGGUGCGGCAAGCGGUGGCCGUGUUGCUUUCGUGCCUCAUCUACGGACACCGCCUAGGUGCGCUUGGCAUCGUUGGUGUUCUCAUCGUCUUUGGUGCCGUUUUUGCCAAGAUCUACCUGCGUCAGCGUGCUGCUUGAUCUCUCGGUGCUUCGGUAUUGCUGACUUGCGAAAUUCCCUCCUCCCCCAUCCCGAGUGAUUCCCGAUUCCCUUCCACUGCUUGGUUGUGUUCACUGCUGCUGAAAGGCCCAAAGCGACCAUGUUUGCUGGCCAGAUCUUCAACUUGAUCUGUUCUUCUCGCCUCCUCCUCUGAUAACCAACAAUCUGUGUCGGCGCCCUGCCUGAUUUCUUAAUGCUUCAGUAUUACUGAUUAGCAAGACUCCCCCCUAUCUUGAGUGAUUCCCGAUUCUCCUCUACAGCUGAGUUGUGCUCAUUGCUAACGGCAAGACUUGCACCUACGAUAUUUGCUGGCUGGAAAUUUUGUGCUCAAGACGUCUGCCUAUGGCAGAACAUGCAUGACACAGGGAGGGCUCGGAAUCUCAAACUAAUCUCCAGCUCUGAUAACUAACGUCGGCGCCAGUUUGUGCAAUGCAUGCAACCGAGUCCU